UUUAUCAUAUAAAGUCUAGUUUUGCUCAAAAUAUAUACGCACAAAUAGUUUGAACUAUAUAUAUGUAUAUUUGUAGAUAUAUGCGUACAAAGGAGAAUUUUUGGCGCAAUUUUUGUGCUAUGAAUUACUAAUAGUGAUAUAUGAAAACAACUUAUGAUAAAAUUUCAUGAUUUUUCAAAGUUUUUGUUACAUAAUUCAAUAUAGGUGCAACGAGUAUCCAGAAGCCUACAAUUGAUUUGAAUUUAUGCACAAAAUUGACAUAGAAAACUUUUUGUGCUUUAUUCGGUAUCAAUUGCGUACGCGAUUAUAAAUAAUAAAUUGUUUAAGAAUUCUCUUAAAAAGAGUCGUGUAAUUACCAUAGGUUAAAGAAUUAAUCUUUAGCAUAUUAUAUGAUAUUAUAUAAUUGUCAAAAGUUUGAACGGACAAAAAGAUUACACACUAGCAUUUGAUUAUAUUACUAACAAUAAAAUAAUACAUAUCGACAAAAGAAAUGUUUAUGAGAUUAAUUGAUCUCUAAUAACCAUGUGUGUCAUAAUAUAUAUUACGAUAAUACAAAUUAUUUAAUAUAAGUAUUAAUAUAAUAUUUGUAAUAAAUAUUAGUACACACACAUAUUGUAUUUAAAGAAGCAAAAAGAAUGAAUACGCUCUUGAUCGGUUUUCCUCAAAAUGGUGAUACCGAUCAAAAGCGAAAGUGAUAGCGGGAUUUAUACCAUGUGUUGCUUUAUCUUACACAAUUCUCUUUGCUCUGUUCCUGUUGAAUCCGCUGCUGGCGUAUAGGUAGCGCACAUGCGCACAUGCAAUUACGAAUUAUGAUAGACUGGUGAACUCCUCAACUCGACAGAAACAUAAGCUAAUUAACUAUAAGACAAUUUACAGAAAUUUAUAAGAUGCCUGAAAAUGUUCGCGUCUUACCUCGAGUUUUUACGGCAAUACAAAAUGUCGAUAUUAAAGAGUUAUCGUUGUGUACACAUAAAGAAAUUAGACCUAUUCUACCGUGUUUGGUUAGGAUGAGUCUCAUUUCGCCGCUUGACAUUACGAAGGAGUGUGUGGAGGGUAGAAAACAAGUCCUGACAAUAUUGUCGGGCAUCGAAUCAGUCAAUUCUAUCAUUGCCCUCUUGUCAAUAGAUUUUCAUGCGCUUGAAACUGACGUUCGACAGGAACAACAAAUAAGACAGAAACUUGGCAGUGGACAAAGGGACAGUAUAUUGGCACAGUCUCUGCAGAACGGAUUAGCUCUGGAAUUCGAACGCAGUGAAUCUAUUCGUCGAAUCAGACUAGUACUUAGUGAAAUCUUGUUCAUAGCUUCUCAGAUACAGGAAUUACAGAAAAAUCAGGAAUUUCAGAUUAAGCAGUCAGAUUUGUUUGAUAACUCAGUCUAUAUGGAAGAGAUUAGCUAUGUGAUCUGUAUAGCUCUUGCAGAAUUGCCAACACUAUUGUGUAUACUGGAUAUUGUGGAGACUUUGCUGCAUGUCAAGCAUGGUCCAGACAUUAUAUGCUGGAUUGUUGCUAAUAGCCCAGAUAGUUUUUUGGAAGUAUGUACUCAUCUGAUUGCAAAUGGAGAACGGCAAGAAGAAUCUGCACUAGGCAGAAUUAGAACACAAGCAAUCACAAUGCUCUGUGAGAUGAAUCCAAGUCAAGCACUUGCGGUCAGAGCUAAGUGUGUAGAACUGUGCAGAAUGCCUGCUCUAGCUAUCACUUUGAGUUUAGAACAUGAAACGACCAACAGCUCGCAGCCUGAAAGCGAUGUAGUCGCUUUUGUGUCUGGUUUGUUGCUCGGAAGUGAUCAACAAGUACGUUCAUGGAUCGCUAUGUUUAUAAGAAACGGGCAGAAGCGUAAAUGGGAAUCUCAAACAGCAUUGCAAUCACUUCGCGACGAGUUGCUCAAACGAUUGCAAACGAUCGCAUCACAGUGCACAGACAGUCAGUUGAUAGAGUCACAGGUCGUGCAAGCAAGUGCAUUGCUCAGACUUUACUGCGCUCUCAGAGGUAUCGGCGGCAUCAAGUUUCAGGACGAGGAGAUCGCGAUGAUUGUGCAACUAUUGACAUCGCAUCCGCCACCAUCGCCAGCUGGUGUCAGAUUUGUCUCUCUUGGUCUAUGCAUGCUAAUAGCUUGUCCAUCGUUAAUUGGACAUCACAAUUUAGAGAAGCGCAGUAUUGAAUGGGUUCAGUGGCUGGUGCGCGAGGAAGCCUAUUUUGAAAGCGCAAGUGGCGUAACAGCCAGUUUCGGUGAAAUGUUACUGUUAAUGGCGAUACAUUUCCAUAGCAAUCAACUGUCUGCGAUUUGCGAGCUGGUGUGCGCCACUCUAGGCAUGAAGAUACCUAUUAGACCAAACAAUCUUACACGGAUCAAACAGAUCUUCAUGCAAGAGAUAUUCACUGAGCAGGUAGUUACUGCGCAUGCUGUUAAAGUACCAGUAACCGCAAAUCUAAACGCCAACAUUCCCGGAUUUCUGCCGGUCCAUUGUAUCCACCAACUGCUCAAGUCAAGAGCAUUUGCAAAACAUCGUGUACCCAUUAAGGAUUGGAUAUAUCGACAGAUAUGCGCGAGUGUGCCACCUCUGCAUCCAGUUCUACCCGCUCUUGUAGAGGUUUAUGUAAACUCUAUUCUUGUAACUAACAAUAAAACAUCCGAGCAUACUAAGCCCAUUACUGAGAAUGAGAUUCGCCGAGUAUUUCAAAAUAGUGUGUUUGGUGGGAAUUUCGACUUGAAGAAAAGUCCCGUCGUGCCAAUGGACGUUGACGCUAUAGACACAUCGAGACCUUCACUUACCUCUCAGUUGUUGCUGUUAUAUUAUCUACUGUUAUAUGAAGACGUGAGAUUGUCUAACAUGCAUACUUUUAUAUCGCAAGGUAGAAAAGUCAAAUCAUACUCUACAGAAUUCUUGUCCGAAUUGCCGAUCAAGUAUUUGCUGCAGUUGGUGCAGCGAGAUCAAAUCAACUACGCAAGUCUAUUUUCACCUCUUCUUCGGUUGCUGGCCACUCAUUUUCCGCAUCUGUCCUUGGUAGACGAUUGGCUUGACGACGAGAUGAUCAAUAUAGAUUCCGCAAUCGCAAGUUACGAGAGCGCAAAAGUUAGUAAUGUCGCAAUCGUUGAAGCAUUUAGCCAUGUUAAAAGUUGUCCUUCGAGAACCGGUAGACUGUUGAGACACCUGAUGACAUUAAAACCAACAGAAAUUUGGCCACACGCUGAGCUGAUAAUACAUUAUUUCAAAGACAUUCUUGAUGAACAGGUUCCCCGAUAUAUACAAGAACUCUAUAAACAAGUAUGGCUUAGAUUGAAUACAGUGUUACCACGCUGUCUAUGGGUCCUCUCCAUAAACGCACUACUAAUAGAAAAUUCAAUUGUAAAAAACGUCUUUUUGACACAAGACAAUAUAGUCUUAGAUCCAUUGCAAGUAUUGAGAUGUGACACACGAGUUUUUAGAUGUGCGCCGAUCUUAUCUGUGAUUCUUAGGAUUUUGCAAGCCACGUUAGCUGCAUCGCGAUCUCAAUUAUCUAGACAUAUGCAAGAUAAGCCAUUAACUGAGAAAGUUGGACAAUUAACGAGCGAAUCGGAAAGAGAAGAUUUAAGGAUAGCUCUGGUCGCGGGUCAAGAAAGUGCAGCGGUACAAAUUUUAUUGGAAACAUGUCUCGAAACGAAAGAAGACAAAAAAACACCUGGGCAAAUGUGGUCUCUUCGAGAAAUACGAAGCGUCGUGUGCUCAUACUUGCAUCAAGUAUUCAUAGCUGACCCGUCUUUGGCCAAAUUAGUUCACUUUCAAGGCUACCCACGAGAACUAUUGCCUAUUACAGUUUCGGGAAUUCCAUCCAUGCAUAUAUGUCUUGACUGGAUUCCGGAAUUGUUAUCACAACCUGAGCCGGAGAAGCAAGUAUUUGCAGUUGACUUAGCGUCACAUCUGGCAAUUCAAUACGCAUUACCGAAGGCUUUGAGCGUUUCUCGGUUAGCAAUUAACACUCUGAUCACGUUAUUAGGCGUCUUAUCCGCCGAGGAUCGAAUUGUUCUCUUCAUGCCGGUAUUAUCGUCAUUGACGCGAAUAUGCCUGGCCUUUCCUCCAUUAGCCGAAGACACCACAAGUUUGUUGCUCCAAUUAGGUAGAGUCAGUUCAGCUCAAGCUGCCUUGGGUGACAAAGCAGCGGAUUUGUUGUGUCAAGAAGUAAAUUCGACAUUUUGUACUCUGCUGCAGAAAGCUAUAUUGCAAUCGCGAGUUUAUUGAAACACUUUGUUAACUUUAAGCUAGCGCUAGCGAUUAUGCGCGACCGUUUGAUUACUUGAUGUUAUAUUUGUAAGAUGUACAAAAGGACAAAAAUUUUCUAUUACUAUUAUAUUUCUUUAUUCUAUUUAAUAAUAUAUAUAUUUUUUCUCAUACAU